GUCAAACCCCACAACAAUGUUUUUAUAAAUAUUUACAUUAAAUAUUCACUCGAUAUAUUUGAAAAAUGGACGAACUAAAGCAAAAAAUCCUAGGCCUGUUGAAUAAACAACCUGCCAAAAUUCCAUCGAUGGGCUUUAACGAUGCGAACUAUCAUUUUCCGCAAGUUCCUACGUUGAGUAUCAACAGCAAAACGGUACAAGACAUCGACAGACCUGCAGAUCAGGAUAUUUUAGAGAGCAUUGAAGCUGCCUACUUUUCCAUGAACCAAGACUUUGAUAUCUGCAGAUUUGAACUUACUAAACUACCAGAAGUUUUAGAUUGUGACCAAAUCCAAAGGGACUUUAAGAAUUUAAAGAUCCAGCAUCAGGUGGUUUCAAAAAAAGUGUUACAGUUGAUUUUGGAACACCAGAAUGGUUGCAAUGGGGAGUUUGAAAAGAUCUUGGAGAUUUUAGGUCAAGUACAUGAGACUUUGGAACUGUGUAGGAGCAGUAGGAAAGAACUGAGUGUUGCAGGGAAACAAUUUUCUGCGAGUUUGAGCAUUUUAGCUAAUUAUCGCAAACGUAAACUCGCCCAAAACCUACUCAACAAUCUCACAAUGAUCAAAACAUUGUACAGUUUUGAUAAGAGAUGUCAGGAGUUGUUGAGAAAUGAGGAUUAUGGAGGUGCUAUUUUAGAAUUAAAAAAGUGCCAGAAAACGGCCAUUAAAUACAGACAUUUCAGUUGUGUUGCUUCUUUGACUUAUAAACUGCAAGAAACGUUAGAAAAUACAGACACACAACUUGAUAGAGUCCUUUCACAAAUGUGUUUUCAUUUCGACGGCGAACGGUACGGUAAAUUAAGAAAAGCGUAUAAUUUGUUGGACAAAUCGGAUGUUUCUAUGAUCGAUAAUUUGCACGUACAUUAUAUUACUGCGAUAUAUAACUCUUCCUUUAACGUCGUCCAUUCGUACGUUACUUCCACAGAUGUACUGGAUAAUUCUGAAAAUUCGGGAAAGAAUCCUUAUAAAAUUCUAUGUCAAUCCGUGGGACAAGACGUUUUCAUACCGUGUUUAAUACACUUGUGCAAAGUAUUAUUCAAAAUAGUAUUGAGUUAUUAUCAGUUAGUAAAAUAUUGCAACAGUGAAAUGGAAAGUGGAGGUCUGGAAAAUGUGGAAAACGGCCAGAAAAAACAAAAACUGGAUCAUUAUUUGAUAAAAAUCUGGGACGACGUGCAAAGAAAAGUUUCCAGUUUGCUUUUAAAUGCCGAUUUGGCCACGUACAAGUUUGAUCAAUUCGUGCAAGUUUUACGCGUCGUUCAUCGUUUGAUUCAAGUGGGCGAGGAAUUUUGCGGAAGCAAAUCGGAAGAUUUACAGGAAUCGAUCCGGAAACAAAGCGUCAACUACUUUAAAAACUAUCACAGCCAACGGAUGGACGAGUUAAAGAUAUUUUUGGAGAAUGAAAUGUGGGAGAUUUGUCCUGUAAAACCCACAUUUGAUGUCCUGCAACUGCAAGAGUUUAAAUCGGUUAGAAACUCGUUAAGAAAUUACAAAUUAAACCCGUUAAAUUCGGGCGUUUAUUCAACGAAUUCGACGGAGUGUUCGAGUUCUCAUUCCCAGGACGGAAGCAGCAUAACGGGCAAUUAUUUUAUGAGAUUCGCAGAACACGGAACGCCUUUCGACAUGAAUUUAGACGAAACGAUCAUCGAAGAGGACAUCUUAGCUUCCGAUAACAAUUCCGGUUAUUUCACGGACGAAUCCGAUGAGGAAAACGAAGAGUUGAAACGGGAUUACGUUGAUGAAUACGACGAGAAUGUUGCUAUUAAAAAACGAGAGAAACAUAGCAAUAAAAGUCCCAUUUUGACGAACACAACUCUGACGGUUUUAAGGCAAAUGGGAAAAUACAUACAGAUGUCCAGACUGUUGAAAUCUAUUGCUUAUCAGAUUAUUACGUGUAUGAAUCAGUUGUUUGACUAUUAUUUGUACUCUGUACAUUUGUUUUUCGCCUCAGAUCUGCCCGUGGCGAGUAAUUCACUGUACUCUCAAGAAUUGACAAUAACAUUGAAAAAAAUAAGUGAUAAUUUGAUAAUGGAAAAUGUGGAAGAAAAUGAAGAAAAUUUGGAGGAGCAAGGUAAAGUUUACAAGCCUGUUUUGUCUCCAAUGGUGGAUUUAAAUAGCGGCGAAAAAUUGUACGGUUUGGCCGAGCGAAUUGUGGCCGUCGAAAGUUUGGUUUUUCUCUCCAAACAAUACGAAUUUUUACAGGAGUAUUUGGAAUACCUGGUGCCACAGACCAACAAGAUAAUGCUGCAACAGUUCUUUACUCAGAACAUUUCGUCGGCAAGAGAUACGAGGAUUCCGAUUUACAUGACAGUGGUAGCACGAACGUUCGAUCUUCGCCAAAUUCUCGUUUCGAUGUCGAAAAUAAAUUGGGAAGUCAAAGAUGUGAUGUCGCAGCACAAUUCGUACGUCGACAUGAUUUUACGCACCGUUCAAAUAUUCACGUUACGUUUGGAGGAGGUGGUGGCGAAGGUUCCCGUUAACGCCGAAGUGUCGCGCACCUUGUGGGAGAAUAUCGCUCACAUAAUCACGCACACUUUGGUUCAGGGAUUUUCUGAGGCGAAAAAGUGCUCGAACGGAGGAAGGGCGUUGAUGCAAUUGGAUUUCACUCAGUUCUUGAGCAAGUUUGAGAAGAUUUCGUCGUUGAGACCGGUACCGCACAAAGAGUACGUCGAAAAUUACGUGAAGGCCUUUUAUUUACCCGAAGUUGAACUGGAACAAUGGAUUAGAGAACAUAAAGAGUAUUCUUCGAAGCAUCUGUUUGGUUUGGUCAGUUGUGCGUGUCAGAAUAAUAAGAAAACGAAGCAGAGAUUGUUACAAGUCGUUGAAGAAAUGGAAAAGCAACCGCAAAACAGAUAACGUUUGCAGACAAUCUGUUAGAUCUGCUCUUUCUGUUGUGAUAACAAUUCUUAAGGAUUCUUCUUCUACACUUAAAUCUCACCUUUUAUGUUUAAACGUAAUUAAUUUAUAAUUGUCCGAUCUUUAAUGGUUUAUUGAUAUAGUCUAUUUGUAAUAAUAAUGUUGUUAAAAAAUAAUAAUCUACUUGUUUUAUUCUUCCAA